AUGGCGUUCCCCUUGCCGGCGGGAGGCUCCGCUGAUCAGGCUGGAAUUACGUCUUCUACAUUUUACGGGUUGCCGAGAACACGAAAAAAGCGUUUUCUUGGAGAUGACAACUUGCUUCGCCACAUCGACUGCAACCAGAGUGACAUAUCCGAGUACAGCAGCACCGACGAAGAGGAUGAGGCGCUUGCUGACGGAAGCAGUGAUGAAGAAAGUGCUUCCACGGAGCCCGAGGAUGAAGUUCCCGCCCAGACCCCGACAACAGGCUUGAAAGCGACAUAUGGGAAGAAGCGCUACACAUGGAAGAAAACAUCAUUUGAAAAGUCAAAAAGCUGUUUCGAGAAUGACUUCCCUUUGCCUCCUUGUGAGCCUCUCACAGCAAAGCAGCUUUUCGAUUUGUUUGUGUCCAGAACGAUGUUGUCACACGCAGUUGAAGAAACAAACAAGUACUACGUGCAGAAAAAUGGAACAACUCUCGGCUUGACAGUUGAAGAACUCACAUCUGUGCUUGGAAUGUUUUUCCGUAUGGGCCUGGUGGAUAUGCACAAGGUACGUGCGUACUGGGAACAGGGAAGCAGGUACGAGCUUGUGGCACAAGUUAUGUCUCAGAACCGAUUCGAGAAAAUAACGAGUCAUUUGCACUUUGUCGACAAUGAUACUGCGACUGAACAAACUAUGCAAGACAAAUGCUGGAAAGUGCGCCCUUGGCUUUCAGAACUGCGGGAAAACAUGUUGAAGAUUCCACAGGAAAAGAAGACGUGCAUUGAUGAGAUUUUGAUUCCAUUCCGUGGAAGGUCCCCUAUACGGCAGUACCUGCCAAACAAGCCAAAGUGCAAGUGGGGUCUCAAGGUUUGGGCCCGAGCAGGAGAGUCUGGGCUCUGCUAUGACUUUGACGUGUAUCCAGCUUCCAGCAAGGGUUUUUAUGGUGAUCAAAGUGGAUAUGAACUCGGUCUUGGGUCAGGAGUUGUGAUCCAGCUGUGCUCAAGUCUCCCUGGCCACGACCACAACCUCGUUGUUGCUGAUAACUUUUUUUCAAGUCCUCAUUUGGUCACUGAGCUAACACGUAGGAAAAUUUCCUACAUUGGAACCGUGAGAGAAAACAGACUGCAAUCAUGCAAGUUGAUGAGUGAGAAAGAAAUGAAAAAAGAAGGCCGUGGCACAUUGGACUCCUGUGUGGCAUCUUGCGGUGAGCAAGACAUGGUGGUCGUAAAAUGGUUUGACAACAGGCCAGUGACACUCAUCUCCAAUUGUGUUGGUGUCGAACCAACGACAACCGUAAAAAGAUGGGAUAAAAGGCAGAAGACCCAUAUUCCCGUUGAGUGCCCCGCUGUAGUGCCUCAGUACAACAUGUCGAUGGGUGGUGUUGACCUCCUAGACAUGAUGUGCUACAGUUAUCGCUUUCCGAUGCAGGCAAAGCGAUGGUACAUGUACAUAUUCUGGCACACUGUCAAAAUGGCAGCAGUCAAUGCAUGGUUUCUGCACAAACGUCAUGCACAACAGCAAGGCAACGGUACCAUGCCUCUUCGUAGUUUUCUGUCGGAGCUUGCGACUGGAUUGGUACUCUACAGAAAACGCCCACCUGGACGGCCAUCGCAGGAAAAUCUCCCACUUGUCAGGAAGGUCCUCACUGAAAUUCCACGAGAUGUGAGAAAGGAUGGAGCAGAGCACUGGCCACUGUGGAAUGAGCGCAGAAACAGGUGCAAGGUAUGCCCAGGGGGCUACACCUUCAUUUCUUGCUCAAAAUGCCAGACGUACCUGUGCCUGAAUAAAGACAGAAACUGUUUCACCGGCUUCCACCAAGCUUAACAUCCCCCUGCCAAGCCAGUUGGAAGAAUUGUUUGACUGUCUGGCUCGUUUCAAAG